AUGGAUCUUGGAGAUACGAGUGUGCUCACCGACGAGCAGCUCAUGGAUGGCUAUGAUGACAUCCCGUAUCAAGAUUUUUUCCCCGUGGUUAUCCCAGAGAGUGACGCUGCGGAUGUGGCUGGUGUUUUGGAUAGCAUUGAUGGGGGUGCUGAUUUUGACUUGGGUGCGGCCGCGCUUGGCCCUGGUGCGUCCCCGUUUGCUCUUGGUUCGACUGAAAAGUCCGUUGACAUCAACCGCUUCCACCGCUCGCUUGCCCACGCUUGCAAGCCUCUAUUGAGAGAAACUGCCCAGCAGAGAGGUAUCGUGCUCACGGGCAAGCUGGAACCGUGCACGGACUCCAUGAAGGCGAAGGGCAGGCGAGGGUCGGUGCCGCGGGGGCCGGGAGCGCGGGCGUCCAAGCCACUCGGGCGUGUUCACCUGGACCUGUGUGGACCGCUGGUGCCUUCCCUGGGCGGCAACCUCUACCUGUUCGUCGCCGUGGACAGCGCCUCGCGGCUGCUGGCGGACGUGGGGCGGUACGACCUCGGACGAAUCGAAUGUUUCCGCGUCGACAACGGCCCAGAGUGGACCCGCGGCGAUUUCCGGCGCUUCUGCGACGACAACGGCAUCGGCGUCGAGUUCACCCCUCCUGGCGUUCCGCAGUACAACGGCGUCGUCGAGAGCGCCAUCUGGCGCAUCAUGAAGGCCGGCAUGGCCGCUCGCCGCAGCGCUGGCCGUGUGUUCAACGUCGACUUCGCCUCCAUCCCCGGCCUCGACGAGCGCGGUGACCGUCUUUGGAUGGAAUCGGCGAAAUGGGCCGCCGACGCUCUCAACCAGUCGGCGACCAAGGCCAACCCCGGGCGGCGCUCGCCGCACGAGAUGUUCACCGGCGAGCAGGGGCCUUUCCGCGUGCUGCCGUUCUUCCAGCCCGGCUUCAUGCGUGAGGAUCGCCGCACCAAGCUCGACGACCAGGCCACCCUCUGCUACUACGUGAACGGCGGCGACAACCACCCGAGCGGCACCGUCAAGGUCCUCAAGGCGUCCACCGGCCGCGUCGUCUACACCAACAACGUGUCGUGGGUGACGUCGGCGCCAGCCGGUGAGGGGGGUUCCGCUGGUAUCACCGCUGCACCGACAUCCCCCCCGUUCACGCCGCCGGUCGUCUCGAUCAACUUUUGCCCAGCACCGACGCCUUCGACCGCAGCACCGCCGCCGCCAGCGCCCACGCCGCCGCCCGCUCCCACGCCUUCACAACCGCCCACUGCCACUUCGCCGUCACCGUCGGCGACCCCCGCUCCUGGCCAAACGUGCUCUGCCGCUUCGCCGUCACCGUCGGCGACCCCCGACCCAGACCAGCCGCCGCCGCCGGACCCCGCGAUGCCCCCGCUUACGGCUCACGCCAUGCGGCGGCUUCGCCCGGGUACAAAGGCCGAGGGGAGCUGGGGGGGGGCGGAGGCCGGAGAGCCGGGGGGAGCGGGGACCGGAGGGCAGGCGGGAGCACUCGCAGCUGUGGACCCGGGGGCUGGAGGAGCGGGCUUUCCACUCGCAGUUCCCACGCUCCUCGCCAACCGGGAAGACAUCGACGCCACGCUGCGAGACCAGCGCCCGCCGGAGCAACUUCCUGACCUUCCUCACUGCCAGGCCAGCGACCUUCGUGUCCCCAAGAGCUACAAAGAGGCCAUGGCGUCGGAGCACCGGCCCCUGUGGAGCGACUCUAUUCAAAGGGAGUUUUAUGGCUUGUUGGAAGCGGGGACUUUUACUCCGGUGAAGUAGCAAUUAGUGGAGAACGCAAUUAACGCUAAGUGGGUAUUCGAUUGGAAGGCAGAUGAGUUUGGAUGGCCCACCAAGGUUAAGUCGAGACUUGUAGCGAGAGGUGACAUGCAGAGAGAGUACAUUGACUUUGGAGAGUUGUACGCGCCUACCGUUUCUGUUUCGUGUGCUAGGAUGUUGGCUGCUUUGGCGUGCAAGAUGAACCUCGACUUGUGUCAUUUCGAUAUUGAGCAAGCUUUUGUUCGGUCGGAAUUGGAGGAAGACGUGUACAUGCGUUUGCCGCAGGGAUGUGGAACUCUAUCUGGAAUGAUUGAAAAACUAGGCAAGAGUCUGUAUGGCUUGAGACAGGCAUCUAGGCAGUGGCAUGCAAUGCUGAAGAGGUUUUUGGUGGCGUUAGGUUUUGAGCAGUGCAUGGCCGAUGCUUGUGUGUUUCGUUUGAUUGAGGAUGGAUGUGUUGUUUUGAUUUUGGUAGUACAUGUAGAUGACAUUUUUGCUGUGGGAGAGAGGGAGAGAUGUGACAAGUUUGGCGCCGACCUUAACAAGUCCGUGCCAGUGAAGAACCUGGGAGAGUUGAGAUGGUAUUCUGGGUGCUUUUACGAGAGAAACAAGGAGACCGGUAGGUUGACGAUUACUCCAGACUUGCACGGAUGAGCUAAUAGCAGAAUAUGGAAGUGGGAGGCAAGGCAGCAGACCGUAGGUCGGUAUCNUAUUGCGAAUGUAGUAAGGGCAGUAGCUAGGUAUUGCGCAUCUCCGAAGCUGGUAUACUGGAAUGCAGCGAUGGAUAUAUUAGGCUAUGCGAGGAGGACGAGUCACUUUGGUAUUUCGUUUCACAGAGGCAAGGCAGCAGACCGUAGGUCGGUAUCAGGGGGGAUCGUGACGUGUGGAGGAGGCGCUGUGUCUCGGUUUUCCAGAACGCAGAAGUGUGUCACGCUUUCGACCACCAAAGCAGAGUACGUCGCGCUUGGUGACGUAGUGAAGGAGAUUUUGUUUUUGAGGCAGAUUUGGCGUUUCAUGUUGCCGCAGGUCGGCAUGCCGUGCAUCCCCGUCGUCGAGGACAACCAGGGGGCGAUUCAACUAGCGCAGAACCCCAUCUCAAGCUCGAACUCGAAGCACAUAGAUGUAAGGCACCAUUUUCUCAGGGAACUGGUAGACAGGAAGGAAAUUUCGGUCAUCCACGUGUCGUCGCCGUACCAGCGUGCAGACUUUCUUACGAAGAGUUUGUCGAAGGAUGCUUUCGAGUCUCGCCGUGAUUUUGUGAUGAAUUUGGUAUGAACAUUUCAUUGUUUUUCUGAUGGGUUGUGUUUUGGUCUUGUUCUGUUUCCCGUUUUGUUUCAUUUCCCGCGCCAAGUAUUUGUUAAGCACGAUGCAGCAAUCAUAUUUCUUUGAAUUGUUUGUCUUUCUUAUAAUAUUCCGGUCAAGUCUUCAUGGUAUACAUUCUGGGAAAGACGUCUUUUGGUUGAGAUAUCGGGUGUUAGCGAAGUUUUCAGUGAGAAACUGUUGCGGGCAGGGACAUGUUAGAUAUACUCGCAGCAGUAUCUGGUCGUGAGGAUCCCAGGGGGAUAUGUGUUGGGAAUUUCAUGUGUUGAAGGGUACCACCGGCGCAGUCACGGGGACCCUUUGGGCGUGGUCGGUGCGAUGAUGAGGCUUGCGCUUGCGUGGGUGCUGCGCACU